AUUCCCUUCCGUACCCUCAUCCCCAGACUCGUGUGCCUCCGUACCCAUUCUGAUCGCGAUCGGACAUCGCCCAUCCCUUCCUUCGAUACUAAGAAUAACUCCAUUCCACGUAACGCCGCUGCUGCGCUGCCCCGUGGCUUGGGCUGCCAUCGCCAUCCUUGCUCCCACGUCAUCUGGUGCAACCAUCCUCUCUCGUUCUCCCGUGUCUUCCGGUCAACCUCGCAGCACCUUCGCAUCGACGGUCGCUUCUCCCAUACGCCUCUCAACCCAGGUCUUUGGCAUGUGAUAUGCCGAUCGGGCACUUACACCGACUAUUCUAUUAAUGUUCAUAAUCGGGUUGACACGCUCAGACUAGUCAGCAAUGGCACGCCAGUUCCAGCCUUACGAGCCGGAGCUUCACAAACUCUCCUCAACCACGUCCGAAAGCCCGAGCUCUCCUUAUCCACGCGGUGGCACCCCGCUAUCCUUUAAGCCGAAUGUGAACCGGGCGAAAACGAAACGUUGGGUUGAGGCCAAAAAGUACUCAUACGAUGGGAAUGAUUGGGGAGACGAUGAGUACGGCGAGUAUGACGAUGAGUAUGAGACUCCGCCUGUCCCGCAGCCUCCCAGCAUGAACCAAAGCACCGGAGAUAUCCCUAGCAUGUUCACGAGAGACGUGUCUCGUCCACCCCUACCUUCAGUAGACCGGUCGAGAUCCAUGGACCAGGUGGCAACACUGGACGCAGCUGGUGCUGGGGCGCAUCGUAGCCUCUCUGCAGACCGCAUGGCGGCCGCUCCUAACAACAACCGGACUGUCCCAAUUGUGCGGCCAGCCGAGAUCUACAAGCGGAUGAGGGCAGAGAGUGCUGCAAGACAACAGGCAUCUGAGGCCGGAUAUUUUGUUGACAACCCGUCGGGUGCGGCGCCACCUGGAGCGCCGGUGUCUCAGGAUACUGCGUCGACCUCUCACGAACAACAGGGAGCGGCUUCUCCCGGCGAUCACAUACUCCACCCGGCCCAGGACAGUACUGAGAGGCCGUCAGAUGCUGGAAGCACGCCCCACGGCUCCCACUCUGCUGACGCAUCUACAAAUGAGCCUCCCAUCAUCCAGCUGCCAGAUAUGAAACGUCUUUCUGGAUUUAAUCCUGAUCUCUCACUCGGACCCCAUUCCAACGCCCAGGUAGAUCCAGAGUCGGAGGGUCAGGACCAUAAACUACAGCACAAUCCUUCCUUGGGAUUCCGGUCAGUUGUUCAUCAGGCUUUCGAUGUGCCCGAGACCCCGAGCACCACGGUGGACAGCAUUGCUCGCUCUAACAGCGAUAGCACCUCGGUGAUUAGCCCAAUUAUACCCCAGCACAACCCGAGCGAGACCAAGACUCCUACGAUUGUAGAAGAACCCGAAACCAUCUCGACACCCAAAGAAGAACCGGGAAACAUGGUGUUCAAGCCUGGCCACCGUCGAGAUUUGAGCCUUCCUAGCCCGAACAAUAGCCCGUCUAGAACACCGGUUAUUGCUAGCGUCGAAGGAACUGCGCCGUCUGCGGUAGGGGAAAUGUCCUCAAACACGCCAGACUCACCCCAAAACAUCAUCGCAAGCCCGCAGAAAGCAACGGUGCAACUACCACAGCCUGACGAGGGUCUGCCCGCACCGCUUAGCGUUGGUGGCAGCCAUCCUCCCCCUGAGCCUACGAUUACCACGGGGGAUGGUGUCCCGGUCAUCAUUCCAUCCUUCAGUACAGACAACUCGCCCCAGGAUACAGAGAGCGACCGGCUGCGGAAGGAAAUCAUUCGUUCUUUGAGCCGGGAAAAUACCCCAUCGGAAGAUCCAGACCAUGAAGAGGAGCGCCGGCUGGAAGCACCGCAACAGGACAGCAGUCACAUGCUGGAUGAAUACGAGCGUUAUUGGACGAAGGAGGCCUUGCCCACUUCUCGCGAGGGUGACCAACUUCCUGGCUACGACAGUCCCUCAGCUGCCCUGCAGGAUACGCCCGCACAGCCAACUCCUCUCAUUGCUGCCCCAACAACUUCCGCUUCAGCCCCGAAGCCGAAGCUGACUAGACGAUUUUCAUGGGAAUCCUCGUCAUCUGGGGAGCCUGCUCCCGAGACGGGUGUACAAUCCCCGCCCGUGCCCAUGCCUGGGCAAUUCCCACCCACCGAGGAUCGCGCCCAGCUGACAGAGAUAGCCCCCAAUCCUGAGCCCGUCGUUGAGGAAAGUGAAGCCAAGGAGCCACCGUCUACGGAGAAGCCGAAGCUAACUAUCGUGCCUCCCGUACCGGACGAUCGAAGCAUCAUCUCCGAUGGGCAAUACCUGCCUGAAGUCUACAAUGCAGAAGUCAUUCCCGACUCUCAUGCCGACGAGGGACCCCAGACAGGCUCCGACCGGCGGUCGUCGCGCGUCAUGUUCACGACCCCAGCGACUGUCGAGCCGACACUGCUUGGUUUCCGGGAAAUCUUGGCAAUGAAGACGUCGGAGGAACGCGUUCGGGCUUUCAACGACACCCGAGCGAAGUUUGGGACCAUUGAUACGGGUCUUAACCAUUGGAUUUCUGUCACAGUGCAGACACACCCCGAACACAACGAUGUGGUUGAGAAGAGCACGAAACUGACGACCACUGGUGCCAAGGCGCCCGUCUCUCGAGGCAAGUUCCCGAAAUUGGCUGCCCUUGGUAAAGCUGAUCUAUCUCCAUCCGGCUCGGGGCACGCGCGACGGCCCUCGGCGCCAUUGGGGGCAAUGAUGAACAAACAGCAAGUAGAGCAACGCGGCAAAGAGUUGCUGCAUACGGCAGGGGUUUUGGGAGGGCGCGCAGGCGAGGCCGCCAAAGGAUUCUUUGCUCGCAGCCGGAGUAAGUUGAAGGGCGGAGGGAACGACAAGGGAUUUCAGUCCUCGCGCGGCUAUCGUCGACCGGUGCCCCUGUCGGAGCUCCAGCAAGCAGCCGACCUGGAUCCUGCAGGAACAAGGCCCAACCACCAGCGCCAUAGCGUCCACUUUGGAAGUCUCCCGGUCGCCGGCGCUUUUCGACCGGCCGGACAUCAUCGGCUGAGCUGGGGGGUGAAGCGGAAGGAAGUACCCGGUUCUGAUAGCAACGCAGUAGCCAUUGGCGAGGAUCGCCGUAGGGCAUCCAUUCACUUGGGAGCUGUAGCCCGGGAGUCUUUCCCGUCUCGCAAACCGGCACCCGCUAGUGAUCCUCGAAAGAGCGUCGCUAACGAUGCGCACGAACAGCAACAGGAGAGACUCGAUGACAGCGGGACUAGCCGGAUCCAACUAGCCCUCAAUGACGCGCCACUGGCGACCCCUGGUCAGCCCGGUCAGGCCGGACAAAGCGUCUCGGGCCAAUUGGAUGGCGUGAGCGAUAGCGACCAAGCCAGUGUUGGAGGCGAUGCUGCGUUGCCCCCUGCAGCCUUUGUUCAACCUCGGCGGGGGUCAGUCCAACCAUCAAUCUCGUCAUUGGGCACUCAGGAUGCGGUUGCUGAUCCUCCCUUCGCCCUGGCGCUUAACGGUGAGUGCCUCGCUCCCCCGGGAAGUGAAUCGGCUGAACUUACGGCUGUCGCCCUCGCAGCGCCUCUUGCCUCGUCCAGUCUCUCUCUGCCCUCCAUCGUCGGCCACCACCCCGACACGGAGAUGGAUGCGACCGGCAAUGAUCGGUCUUUGCUGCGUCCGCUCAACGGUCGUCAUCCACCUUCGGGUCACUUGCGAGUAAGCAGCAUGUCGUCGCUGAGACCGAGCCGACCGUCGAGUCGGAAUGCGACCUCAGGAGCGAAUUCCCGAUCGCAGGAUUCCACCCCGCACGCGCGCCUGGCCGCCCUGAAGAUGAAAUACGGCGACAAAAUCCGGGACAUUCGUCGCAUCUCCUUGGGUCCCAGCAGCCCAUCGUCGGACCAGAAGCCGCCGCUUCUGGAUCGAUUGACAGGCCUCUUCCGCACCAACCUUCGUCCCCACCAACCCAAAUCAAGGCAAUCCAACCAAGCUUCCAGACCUGAAACCCCCAUCCAGCGCUCCACGACGGCCUCCCCAUCGCGUCCAAUAAACCACACAUCCAGUCAUACCCGCUUCUAUUCCCUCGAUCACGCCCUCCCCAAUGCCAGCAACAGUCUUUCCCAUCUGCCGCCGAGUCUUCCCCGCAUCCCCACCCCAGAUUCCUUCCGCCAGGCCCAGAACCAAGCCAUUUUCGUCCCGCAUGCUUCCACCCCUACUCUUCAUAAUACUUCAUCCAUUUCAGACGACUAUCUCUAUAGCAGCAAAACUGUAUAUGAACCAAGUCACACUCCCACUAAUGGUUCUCCAGAGCGCGGUCGAACCACCUCCCGCACGUACGUGCAGGAACUGCACCUCCGAUCCCGCAGUCCCAAGGAAAGCGCGCCCCGACCGGAGGAGACAACUCUACCAAAUACCGAUGCGACUGACCCGGCGAUUGAGCUGGGGCGGUUCGCACGCAAACCGCGGACUAGUCGAGUGGGCGAUCAAGAAUUGCCGUGGAAGUUGAGUCUGUCCGGACUGGGUGGUGAUCCUGACGAGCAUGUUGAGAACGAGGUAACGGUCGAAGAGAGAGACAGAGCACGGAGGGAGGCCAGCAAUAUACUCGAAUUUGCCAUCGCUGCCACUACCAUCGAUCAAUCUCACAUGCGGAACCCAGAGCCGACACGAGAGACCUCAUUUGGAGUUUCACCCUCUCCCCUAUCCACAAUUCCAGAAUCAGUCGCAUCUCCUUCAAUCGUGUCCCCAUCCGAGCUUCCACCUCGCGACAACUCGUCUACGACAGCGCAAGUCUCAUUCUCUGACGCUCAAUCACGCGUCUCUCCGUCACCGUCCCCUACACCAAACCCGGAUACAGAGGUCAAGACCGCAAGCUUAUGCCGAGAACCCCAAUGCAUCAAUACUCCUCCAACAGCAGACUCCAAUCCCUCCCUCACCACAAUAGAAAUAGAAUCCGGAGCCCGCACAGUAUCCAACGGCCCCACUCCCAGUACACAGACAAACUCAAAUCUAAGCAGCCAUCCCCACCGCCCCGCCCCACCCCGAGCCCUUGUCUCCACUCCCGUUGAACUCCCUGUCCCCUCAGCAGACGGGGGAGAAGAUCACGAUAAUGCCAGUGAUGCUUCCAGCGAACCCGAGAUUGUCAUGUCAAGUACGGCAUAUCCGGGACAGGAGUGGAGGCCGGUCGGAUACAUGGGAUAUGAAUCGGGGAUAUAGUCUGAAUUAAUCGAUUGAUCUUAUGGUUUUUUUGCUGCUGUGUCUAACCUUAAUCCUUUUGAUUUGACCUGUACAGUGCAAGUGUUUCCGGGGGAAUGCGAAUAAGCUAAUAGUGGUGAUUUGUGAAUUUGAUCGUGAUGGUGAUUGCGGAUGGAGAUACCCACGUUGUGUCAUACUUGCCUUUUGUCAGAUAGUUAGUACUGCUAGUAACCUAUAGUAUAUCAUCCCGCACUUGAUCUAAG